AUGCCUCGAACAGCUGAUCAUAUUGCGAGCCAUUUAAAUUUAUUUACUGAUCGUCACGAACCAACUGGAAGUCACUUAUAUUUUUAUCAACCGAGGCAAAGAAAUUCGAACGGGAGUGAAAAUUUCGAUGCCAUUCGAAAAUCCGGCACCAUUCUAUCAGUUAUUUCAACGGAAGAUGUUCGUGAUGAGCCUGUACUCCUUACUAUCAUUGAAAAUGCUAAUAUGGAUGGAGUUAAACAUUUACAGACAAAUGAUGCUUUUUCAAAAUUAACCUAUUUGACGGGUCCAGCAAUCCAAAAUCGUAAGCCAAAAGAGCCAAAAAAUAACAAUACGUUAUCGAACGAAAUGAAUUUAACAGUAUUUGAUAAGGUAUUAGAAAAUGCUUGGGAUAUGGAUGCUGUAAAAUUUCUCAGGAAUGCGGCGCAUUGGAAGUCCCGAAUGAUACUGAGGUGA